CCAAUGUCCCGGAAAUUAAAAAAUUUUUGUUUAUGUCCAUGGACUGUCCCGUCCCGUCCCGUCCUCGUUUCUGUCCCGUCCCUAUGACAACACUGCAUAGGGUAGAUCAAAAUACCCAUUCAAAUCCAACCACCAAGUUCACGUAUCAAUACAUAACACCCGCAUUUUUAGAGUUCAGUGGUUCUAACGAUGCUGAUAAUACUGGGUGGAAGUUACUGGUAACAAUUAUGGAAAGCUCUCCGAACAUCUUGGGAUGGGUCGAACCAUCACUGAAAUUUGGCAAUAAUACUGUAAAUCUGGUUCGAUCCAUUGGUGUUGGUAGAACUAGUGUUGUUUAUCAAGGAAAACAUGAUGAUGCACUCAUAGCUGUAAAAGUUGCGAAAAAGGCAAAUUAUCUUCCUUGUUUUGAAAAGGAAUAUACCGCAUUGAAUGAUCUGUCAAGUCUUAAUUCCAUUCAUAUUCCAAAAAUCCUUUUUAACAGUGUGGAUGCUCUUGUUAUAUCUCAAGUUUGUGAGAGAAUUGGUAAUUUGCGAAAAAAAGAUAUUAAAGAUAUCAUCAGUACACUCGAAAAAGUACAUUCACUUAAUUAUGUACAUAGAGAUCUUCGUAAAUAUAAUCUUGUUCGCGAUCAAUUAGGAAAUAUUGUUAUUAUUGAUUGGGGGUAUAGCAUAAAAUUGGAGGGGAAUCAUAACUUCGCAUUUGCUGGAGCGUUGGAGUGUAUGCCAGAUAACAUCUUGCAAUCAAUAGUCAAUGAUGAUGAUAUUAAUUAUGGACCAGGAGUUGAUUUGACAUGUUUGGUGCAUUCAUUCUAUUUAAUGCUUCAUAGACCAUCAUUAGAUAGAAUUCCUUUCGAUAAAGGGGAUGAUAUCAAGAGUCGAGCACAGAUGAUGCUAAAUUUCUGGAUGGAUUGUGGACGUUCGGAUGUAUGGGAUAACAUUUAUAACGCAAUAGAAAUCUUAGACUACGAUCAAUUAAUUCAACAGCUUGAAAGAUUGUUUUAAAUUGCUAGCCUCGGGUAAUUUGGAUUUUAUUGCUAAUUGCUAUAUCUCUUCUAAUUUCUAAUGGCAUCAAAAAAUUUAAUGUAAUAUUGCUUAUUAUUUCCAUCAUAUAUAUCAAUAAAAAUUAGUUUAUAUGACGUGAUGUUAAUAACUGUGAUGUAGUUUUUUGCUUUUGUACUCCGCAUAUCAUAUAUAAAUAGCAUCAAUUUUACAUAUAUAAUGCAUCGUAUAAAUAAUAAAUUU